AUGCCAUGCUUGCAAAGAGAGAUUUACAUAGACACAAAAAUUUACAUACAAACAGGGUUGCUUAACUAUUUUUAUCAUGUUGUAUUUCAGCAUUACAUCAGAAAGCAUGCGUACAAUAACGCUGAAGCUGCAGAUUUGUGGGCAGCUCUAAAUGAAGUGGUUGGCAGCAUCCAUGGUUCCCCUGAUGACAUGAAAGUUGGAGAUUUUGCCGAUCAGUGGACAGCACAAAUGGGAUUUCCUCUUGUAACCGUGGAGUCGUUUAACGAAACGCAUGUCAAGUUGACACAAGAACGUUAUCGAAAGAAUCAAAAUGCUAAAGAUCCAGAGAAAUAUGCGAAUCCAAAAUAUGGAUUCAAAUGGGAUGUUCCUAUAUGGUAUCAAGAAGGCGAUUCAUCUGUGCAGUUAAGUUGGCUAAAAAGAGAGGAGCCGCUUUAUCUUCAAUUAAACAAGCCAGAACAUUUCAUUGUUAUAAAUGCUGGUAGAAAUGGUUUUUAUCGCCAAAACUACGACGCUGUAGGUUGGCAGAAAAUAACGAAACAACUGAAGGAUAACCACCAGGUUGGUUUGAAUGUCAACACACAGUCUACUUUGCUUCCAGAUAGAAAGAACCCGGAAACAUUUAUACCCUAAUU